AUGUCUUCAGUUAAGCGUGCUCGAACCGAAGAGCCAGCAGCUAAAUUAGAUUUUUCAAAGCCGUGGAAGAUGAGCGAUGUUGUCCUGCUGGUAGAGGAUAAAAGAUUUCAUGUGCAUCGAAACGUGCUCGUGUUGUGGUCGCCGGUGUUGGAGAAAAUGUUGAACGCAGCUUCCAGGGAGAAGAGCAAAUCUGAAAUUUGGCUUGCGGGAAAAAACGCAGACAGUGUUAAAACUUUGCUGAUAAUGAUGUACCCACCUGGCAACGAUGAGGUUACAUCUGAAAAUUACAGGGAGAUCUUGGAACUGGCAACGGAGUAUCAGAUCGCAUCUAUUGUUGAGAAGUGUGAAUGCUUUCUAGUAGAUGAGCUCAAUUUUGUUACGUUACAAAAGAGCAGCAAUCAGCAGGAUCCCAUUUCCUUGCUCAUUUUGGCACAGAAGUACGAGUUAAAGGAGCUGGAAAGUGUUUGUGUGGAAUACGCUUCUCGAUACAACUUGAAAGAACUACAAGAACACGAGCUGUAUGAUUCAAUUGAGGAAGAAAAUUACACGAACAUUUUGGAAUCAAUCGUCUCCAGAAUGGACCAUGCUCGCGUCAGAUUACCGUCAAAGGAAACCUUAAAAGAAAUGAAAGCAAAGGGAAUCGAGAAUGUGGAUGCCAUUGUCAAGAAUUUGUUGAAACAUGCUUCGCACAAGAAUUUCUCCUCUGGUCGUGAGUUAAACACGCAGGACGAUGUGGAAGCGUAUCUUCUGGCGCUGAAGUUAGACAACACUCAUCACAGCUGCCCUGGUAAGGCCAAUGAUAUCUGCCCAGGGCUCGGCCCAGUUUCAGUUCUACUCAAACAGCUUAAAGGAACUUUUGAGUCCCUUUAUUAAGGGUGAUAAUUGCCAUUCUUCGUUUGCAACUUACAAUUUGACAAGGCGGUCAUGUUGCAUAUUGUUACUCGAUAUUUUUGUUUUACAAAUGUAUGAAAGCCAGUCAGUCGAGUAUCGUAAGUGUCAGCUAACACCAGCAGGUGGAUAGGGGAGUACCAUCACCUUUUGGAUGAAUGAGGCUGAGUUUAUUAUGAAGAAUUAUGCAGAUCAAGAAGGGUUUUCACUCACUGACACACCACAGGUUAACACAGAUAACACCUUGUUUGACCUGUAUAAUUCUUUAUAACAGAAUAUCGUAAGAAAAGCCAGAUUCCAUACGGUUAACUCUCAUCUUGUGGACAUCCACCAAUGAUAUUGACAUCGGCUAAAUCCCCACCAAAAAUGAAUAACAAACUGAAGAAACUGUCUUUAUUACAAACUAUUAAGGACAAUACAUGUAACUUGCAGUCUUGCGAGUGUCCAAAAUAAUGAGAGAUGACUGUAGCAGAUUAUUGUUUUGUGGCAUGCUCCAUGAAUUGAUCUACUGGUCAAAGCCCUUCCCUUUGACAACCGUAACCCUUACCUGUGACACUCAUGACAGGUGUUACUGGUUCAAUUGA